UCUUCCCAUGAACCAAAUCAGCGUAGAAUCCAACAUCAGUGGAGAUAGUUAAUUCGAUUUGCAAAAUAAACGCGUCAUAUGGACGGUCAAAUUAAACGUGCAUAAAUAAUUUCCAGAGAUUCAAAGCCAAACUUCAGAAUUUGGGUCUGAUCUCUUGAGAUUUCCUCUGAAUAAUUGCAGGAGUUAUCAGACAGACCCAAUUUUCGCAUGCAAAUCCCGACAUACCUAUUUUAGUUCCAGAGGGGUCAUCCAUUUUGCAGUUGAAUUUGCUACAAUGGCUUCAGAGAAGAAACCAGUUGUAUCAGAUGUAGGAGCAUGGGCCAUGAAUGUUAUCAGUUCUGUGGGUAUCAUCAUGGCCAAUAAAGAAGUUAUGUCUACUGCUGGGUAUGACUUCAGAUUUGCAACUACAUUGACUGGAUUUCACUUUACAGUGACUGCACUUGUGGGUUUUGUGUCAAAUGCAACUGGGUUUUCCACUGCCAAGGAAGUGCCCCUGUGGGAGCUUCUAUGGUUUUCUAUCGUGGCCAAUAUGUCUAUUGUGGGGAUGAAUCUUAGUCUCAUGUUAAACUCUGUUGGGUUUUACCAGAUUUCAAAAUUGAGCAUGAUUCCUGUGGUCUGCGUUUUGGAGUGGAUUCUUCAUAACAAGAAUUAUACCAAAGAGGUCAAGGCUGCUGUGUUUGUUGUGGUUAUAGGAGUUGGCGUUUGCACUGUUACAGACGUCAAGGUCAAUUUGAAAGGAUUUCUAUGUGCUGUGGUGGCUGUUUUGUGCACGUCAUUACAACAAAUAUCAAUUGGCUCCUUACAAAAGAAAUACAGCAUUGGCUCAUUUGAUCUCCUAAGCAAGACUGCUCCCAUACAGGCUGCUUCUCUUUUAGUGUUUGGUCCAUUUGCAGAUUAUUAUUUAAAUGGACGGAACUUGUUAAACUAUCAAUUUUCAUAUGGUGCAAUUUUCUUUAUAUUACUUUCAUGCAUAUUAGCAGUAUUCUGUAACCUGAGCCAGUAUCUUUGCAUUGGGCGCUUCUCUGCAGUUUCUUUUCAGGUUUUGGGACACAUGAAAACUGUUUGUGUUCUUAUACUGGGUUGGGUGCUUUUUGAUUCAGCACUCACUGCUAAAAAUAUAAUGGGGAUGUUAGUUGCUGUUGCUGGCAUGAUAAUCUACAGUUGGGCAGUGGAGUCUGCAAAAAACAUAUCCUUUACACCUUUGAAAGAUAGCAAUGACACAGAUGAGGAUGUUAGUCUACUAAAGAGUGGAUUUGAGAGUAAUGGCACGAAAGACAUUGAACUUGGCGGUGUAAAAAAAUAGUGGUGUAGUCUUUAUAAUAAUUGGAUAGGUGUGAGUGGGGGCACUACUAAUCAGUUGCAAAUUACUUCUUCAAUCAACAAUUCUAGUAGUGGGAGUCAUGGUAGACAAAUCAUCAUAAAGGUUGUUUAUUAAUUACUUGAUAGUAUUCUUUGGUUUUCAUACCAAGUGAAGAAGGAAAGUUGAAGAAUUUUGCUAAGCUUCGUUCAGCACAAGCUUUGGAUCUUGGUUCCUUAGUUCAUUCUGCACAGAUGAAGGUCUUCCAUUGCAUGCAUUGAGAGGUCUAAUCUUAUUUACAAAGGGCUCUAUCAAUAAUCUAGAGAGAUUGCUGCUUUCAAUGCCCAAGACAAACUAGUAGCUUCACUAUACACGAUUUAAUAUUUUUGUCCAGAUACUUGGCUUUGGAGACUAUGCAAAUUCUUCAUGUUAUCUGGCAUUUUUAGUGUCUCUAUCACAACUUUGUGUAGGUUGACCCAUUGCACAUUGUUAGUUUUACUUGAAUUGACAUCCGGAUUGUGUCGAUAUUCUUUCCCUUGCAAAAUAUAUGUUUGCAAGGAGGUCUGUAUUAUUUCCUCCAGGAAACAGUUUAGUGAAUUGUAUUUUCUGGUCAUCCAAUGCUUCGGUUAUAAAUGAUCAGUUUCUAAUAAUAUGCUGUUAUGGUCUA